UGCGUCUUUGAGCAGUCGCCGCGGUCCGUCCUGCAGGGAAACCGCCCCACACCGGGACUGAGCGUUGAGGUUCCGCUGCGCCCCGCGCAACCGGAAGUGUUCGGGACCUUGGUCGACGGACCCGGCAGAGCGGAAGUCACUCCGUGAGGCAGUGGCGACAGUGGCGGUGAGAGGAUGAACAACAAAUUCGACGCCUUGAAAGAUGAUGACAGUGGAGACCACGAUCAGAAUGAAGAAAACAGCACACAGAAAGAUGGUGAGAAGGAAAAAACAGAACGAGACAAGAGUCAGAACAGCAGCAAGAGGAAGGCUGUUGUUCCUGGACCAGCAGAGCAUCCCUUGCAGUACAACUAUACUUUCUGGUACUCCAGGAGGACCCCAGGCCGUCCCACCAGUUCACAGAGCUAUGAACAGAAUAUCAAGCAGAUCGGCACCUUUGCCUCUGUGGAGCAGUUCUGGAGGUUUUAUAGCCACAUGGUACGUCCCGGGGACCUGACAGGACACAGCGACUUCCAUCUCUUCAAAGAAGGAAUUAAACCCAUGUGGGAGGAUGAUGCAAAUAAAAAUGGUGGCAAGUGGAUCAUUCGGCUGCGGAAGGGAUUGGCCUCCCGGUGCUGGGAGAAUCUCAUUCUGGCCUUGCUGGGGGAACAGUUCAUGGUUGGGGAGGAGAUCUGUGGGGCUGUGGUCUCUGUCCGCUUCCAGGAAGACAUUAUUUCCAUAUGGAAUAAGACUGCCAGUGACCAAGCAACCACAGCCCGAAUCCGGGACACACUUCGGCGCGUGCUUAACCUACCUCCCAACACCAUUAUGGAAUACAAAACUCACACCGACAGCAUCAAGGCCUGGGAGGAGUUUCAUGGCCUAGUGAACAGCAGCGGCCGCUGAUCGGCGCUCCCCCUCUGUCUCACACUCAGGGGACAAUUCAAGUUUUCGAAAUACAAAAAUCACAUUGUGAAAGUACACGAGCUGGCAAUAACCCUUUUCUGUACGUGUGUUUGUCCGGAUGGACGGGAGGCCUCCCGCCAGCCCUUCCGCCUGCUCCUGGAGGGGACACCUGAGCCGCGUGCCCCUUUGCACUCCUCACUCCUGGAGGACCGCUGCCACCGACACCCUCCCCCAUCGCGGGCUUUAGAAAGCAGAAGAAGGAAGCCGUGACUUUGUAACCAACUGUGCUGCCCACCUAUGUGCCGGAGCGCCGCCACACUGUGCCAGGGGCGCGUGUGGAGCCGGCCGAGUUAUCAGUAUUACAGUGCCAUGCAGCCAGGAGCAGUGUGCUGCUGCUGAGGCGGAGGACCCCGUGCCUCUCCAGCUGUGCCGCCGACUGCUCCCUUCCCCCGGCCGCCACCCUAAAAAUGUGUUACUGGUGCAGUGACUGCUUAGAACAUGGUGUCCUCUCCUGCCUUACGCCACAGCUUCCCUCCCAUGGAGCUCCGCCUUCUCGGGCACUGCUGCACUUCGAACUGGAAUCGGUGGGACACGUGGUCCCCCUGACGCAGCGUAGGGGUUUGCCUUGGUGAGCUGGCGCGGAGCCAUCCUGUUGUGGAGUGAGGCUGUCACGCAGGUCCCGGGGCAGCAUGGGGGCCGCUGUCCGGUGUGAUCGGGGCCUAUGUGCCAAGCUUUGGCGAGAAAAGGAGGGACAGCCGGUGCUUGCCAGCUGCUAACACUGAGUUUAUGAAUUCACCUGGGACAGCUGGAGAAAGGGGGAUUGCUGGAUGGCUCGACUCACAUGGUUGUGCCAGUCUGCGGUGGCCCCAAAACCCCACCUUGAGUCUCUGUCUCCCGGUGUGCACGGUGGCAGUGUGUGCUGAUCGCCGGUGCCCAGAGACCCGGCAAAGGCUCCUGCCAGCAGGUGUUCAAGGACUCAGGCGGAGAAGCUGGGGGCUCUGGCUCCAGAAGUAGAGUCAGAGGUCAGAAGAGCACCUGGUUUCCGGGAAUGAUGAACAGUGGCCUCCAGCAGCCUCCAGGUAGCGCUUGGGAGCAGAGCCACAGGACCUUCCGUUGUGGCCUGUCCCUGGAAUACACCCAGGUCGGUCUGUGGGCGUCUCCACCCUUGGCACCCAGGCGUGGCAGGAUCAGAGAGUAGCAGGCGUCCUGUGCUGCGUGUGCUUCACUCUCCGCCAGCUUCCCAGCUCCUGAGCCAUUCGGGGUGCUUUUCCUGAAAGAAUCUGAGUACAAGGGCUUGGAGGGAGGUGCUUCCACGGCAGAGGAGCUCAGGCUGGAUGGAGAAGACGGCACAGCGGCGACUGGACCUCCGGAAGAGGAGCGCUGCAGCGUGCGCUUGGCUGUGAAGGAGGAACAGGAGCAGCGGUGGUGACCGUGGGAUUUGAACGGACCCCAGGAGGGCUUCACUUUCCCCGGUCUCCAAUUGCUGGAAAAUUCCAAAGAGAGCAGACAUUUGGAUUUGCCUUCCUUUGGGCAUCUACCUGACUGGUUGUGUGUGCGUGCAUGUGCGUGCGUGCGUGUGUGUGUGUGUGUGUGUGUGUGUGCAGCACAUUUAUGAGUGAGGGUUUUGUAGGGCCUAGUGGUUAGGUACAGUGUCUGUAGUUUGCCUUUUUUGUCUCAUUUGUUCCGAUUUUUCAAUCGCUGAUGUUUUCUAGAGCUGCUCAAGUUGCCCGAUCCUCCUGGUCAGUGUUUGACAGUUGUUUUUCCUGUCAGAAACACACUGGCCCCGCGCCUGUGAGAAACACGGGUUGGCCUGUUGGGCACGUCCUGCCCCACGGCUGUGUGAGCCUGAGUCUGGUGCAGACCAGACCACGCAUUCUUUUCAGACCAGCUUGAGCCAUCGCUCUGCUGAUUCAGACUCCACAGCUUCCGAUGUGCAGAGGUGGGACAGUCACGGCUGCUGUCACUGGCCCUAGAGAUGGGGCGAGCCAAGGUCUGCAGGGCCUACGGGAGCGGCAUGUUGGUAGCUGCGGGUCCAGCUGGAGAGCGGGGCCUGCUGCGCUGCUCUCCCCGGCCUCCGAGGGGUUUUCCCUGACUUUCCCCCCAAGUCCUCCCAUGCCCUUCUGGGUGUGCCUUUCCCAGGACCCCGGUAGUGGCAGUAAUUUUCCACCCAGACAGAAGCUCGUGGUCCGUGGUGCUCUGAGAAUGAAUUUCCAAGGGUUGGACAGUGGGGGUGGAGCGGGGCUGUGGCAAGAGUGAUGCGGCGUUGCACUUUCCGAGCGAUUGUCCACUGCAGUAAUAAAUGAAAAAUAGCAAGUGUG